UCAAAGUCAGUUGUUCAUUGACGGUGAAUAAAUGAAUACCAUUAUGGACGAUCACGAACGUGCGCCAAUUAUGCAUACUUAAGUAUCUGUCAAUAAUCAUGGACGUCGUUCCUCUUCGCCCUCGCACAAGGUCAUCCAUUCACGAUGGUCGAGCCGGUUGCCAGAAUCCGCCCGUACAAGACCGAGGAUGAGAAGCAAGUUCGGUUCUUGAUAGCGAAAGCAGCAAUGGAGGGAUUGGCUUCUGCUAACAUGAAAACUAUAUUGAACCCAGUAUCGCUGAGUCUCUGGGUUCUGUUGACGGCCUUCCUCAUACAGUAUAUGGGCUGGUGGCCCAAACCAAGCGAUGGGAUCCUUGCAUAUAUCAGUCUCAUGCUACCGUUUGGGAGCGCAGUGGUCCCUAUAAUUUUGUUUUCAGAUUGGAAUAACAGGUGGUACUUUGAAGAUCUUUCCCAGCGCGUCCUUCGUGGGCCUGAUAUGGUCAAUUUUCAAGAAUACUACUCCAAAUAUCCAGCGUCGGGAAUAUGGAUUCUUGAAUUUGCGGACCGACUCAUUGGCCUAAUAGCCCUCGAUGCAUCUCUGUCCGAAAGAAAUAAUUCUGAACACCAAAACUCCGAGAUAAAGACUGCAUUGGUACGACACGUCUUCAUCGACGAACCGUAUCGUACGACGGGCAUACAGAAAGACCUCAUUGACUAUGCGGUACAGAGUGCCUUCACGUCGGAUCCUUCUGUUGCACAAGUCAAAGCAUCGAGUUCUUCCCUUCGAGAAUAUGUACAGAAAGGCUUGGAUGAAGCUGGAUUCAAAUACGAGGGCGUAACGGAGACUGCUGGACUGCUCAGGUGGAAAGUAAACGCUCGGGUUUUGACGAGGGAUGAUUGGAAGAAGAGACAAAAUCAUGCAUCAUAAUAAUGUACAUACAUAGUAAUUUUACACGCAAUUCAUAAUUAUCUCGAAAUG